AUGACAGACAGAUUUGCACGUACGGAUGGGUCCACCACUCAUCCAUGCAACACCACAGAAGGGCUACGCUGUGGUGGUUCAUGGAGAGGUACAAUUCAACACCUCGAUUACAUUCAAGGAAUGGGAUUCGACGCUAUCAUGAUCUCCCCAAUCGUCCAGAAUGUCGAGGGACGCGUGCAGUACGGAGAAGCCUAUCAUGGCUACUGGGUCCAGGAUAUGUAUGCGCUAAACCCACACUUUGGCACUCACCAGGACAUGCUAGACUUGAGCAAGGCUGUUCAUGACCGGGGCAUGUAUUUGAUGGUAGAUACUGUCGUCAACAACUUGGCGUACAUCACCAACGGACGAAACCCGGCCACGAGCAUUGACUAUUCAACGCUCAGCCCAUUCAAUGACCCAGUGUUCUUCCAUCCAUAUUGCAAGAUCACCGACUAUGACAACUAUCCAUUGGCGCAAACUUGCUGGACAGGUGAUGAUGUUGUUCCCCUCCCAGAUCUAAAGACAGAAGAUAGCCAAGUUCAGAGCAUGCUCAUGGACUGGAUUAGAAAAAUGAUGACUACGUAUUCAAUCGAUGGUCUACGUCUGGAUGCAGCGAAGCAUAUUACACCAAGCUUCUUGCCCUUGUUCGAUAACGCUUCUGGCGCUUUCAUUACUGGCGAAGUUUUCGAGCCAUCCGUGAAGACGAUCUGCGGAUAUCAAAAUGACCUCCCCAGCGUCCCCAAUUAUCCCAUCUAUUAUUCCAUCUUGGAGGCAUUUACAAAAGGCAACACAAGCUCUCUGACGAAUCAGGUAGAGGUCAUGAAACAGACAUGUUCUGAUGUUACUGCCCUUACUUCGUUCUCGGAAAACCACGACGUCGCCCGAUUUGCAAGCUUCAAGGAUGACAUCGCGGUAAGGCAGCGAACUCGAGUUACCCUGACAAGUAUCAACCGAUGA